CUAUCAAAACCCUCGUCGUCUUCCUCAGUCUCUCUCUCUCUCUCUCUCUCACUCUUUAUCUCUCUCUCACGCACACAAACCAUGGCAGCAACCAUGGCCCGAUCAAUCCUAGCUGUACGAUUAGCCUCCCCGUCCUACUUACUCCUUUCCAAACGUCUACUCUCUUCCUCUUCCACCAUAGCCAAACCUCCACCACUUCCUGGUUUCGCUCGACCCACCACCGUCACCCGGUCUGCAGUCUCGCUCUCCCACUCGCUCCAAGUCGUCGAUCCUUGCGCGGUUCGUUUGACAUCCGUUAGAUGCAGAGUGAAUCGGUCGGGUUCGGCUUAUUCACCGCUCAACUCCGGGUCCAAUUUCAGCGAACGCCCACCCACAGAAAUGGCUCCGUUGUUUCCGGGUUGUGAUUACGAGCACUGGCUCAUUGUUAUGGAUAAGCCUGGUGGUGAAGGCGCAACUAAACAACAGAUGAUCGAUUGUUACAUUCAAACCCUCGCUAAAGUCGUUGGAAGUGAAGAGGAAGCAAAGAAAAAGAUUUACAAUGUCUCUUGUGAGAGGUACUUUGGGUUUGGAUGUGAGAUUGAUGAGGAAACUUCAAAUAAGCUUGAAGGUUUGCCUGGAGUUCUUUUCGUACUCCCAGAUUCCUAUGUCGACGCCGAGAACAAGGACUAUGGAGCUGAGCUGUUAGUGAAUGGAGAGAUAGUUCAGAGGUCUCCUGAAAGACAAAGGAGAGUGGAGCCAGUGCCUCAACGAGCUAAAGACAGGCCAAGAUACAAUGACCGGACACGCUAUGUUAGACGCCGUGAGAAUAUGCGGUGACCGAGGGAAUUUGCACGACUGAAGUGGUUUGGUUGUGUGUGUUAGAUAAUGGAUGAAAAGCUCUGCUACGAUGUGGUUGUAUCUAGAGUAUAAAGUUGAUGUUAGGUUGUGCUUUGAUUUUUAUUGGACAAUAAGCUGAAUGGACUUAAAACUUUCUAAAUAUCAGGUACUUCUUGGUCGUCGUGGCUACUGUGAUUGUUCUUGAUCUAUAAAACUUAUGACUUAGCUA